UAUUGUCGAGGCAGAACAGGGUCGAAAAGGGGGUAGCCCGCCUGCCCUCCCCCCAAUGUGCAUCACAGUGAUUCCUGGCAUCAAUCAGAACACGCUUAUCGACCAGUCGACAUCCUCCCAUUUGGCGGACCUUAAGGAGACCUCUGGGAAAGCCAGGACGAGCACGGAGAGGAGGUUUAAAGGUGCCAAGCGAUGUUCUGUUUGUGAGACUUGCACCCAAACUGGCUAUAGCAUGGAGCAGGAAGCCCUGUCGAAUCCUCUGUUAUCCUGCCUGGAACAGAUCCGACAGCAUUUGCGUGCUGAGGCCGAGAAUGCCCCGAAGAAGCAGACGACGAUGCAGAAAUGCGAGUGCCGAUGUUUUGCUGAGAAGUCCACAAGUGUGAGGAGUGUUGACGGUAAGACUGUGAAGGGUAAUGCAGCACCGAGUGCUGCUGCAGCAUUUAAAAAUAAGCGAAGAAAAACUCCUUUGAAGACCCAGAAGAUACGGCAGUUCGAGGAGAGGUUAAAAUCCUCAAAGAAGGACGAACCGAAUGAUGUGGCGUUCGAAGAAGAUAUGACUCAAGACCAGCCCGGAUGCCAGACCGGAUGCCAGCCCGGAUGCCAGCCCGGAUGCCAGACCGGAUGCCAGACCAGAUGCCAGCCCGGAUGCCAGCCCGGAUGCCAUCAUUGGCCCACGAAUAUGAUCUGUAGACGUAUGCGAGUCUGUAAUGCGUGUCCAUUUGUUCAAUCACCGAUGUUUGGCCAUGGCCAGAGAGAGCCACCGGCAUGUUGCAAGUUAAAAGCUGGCGAAUCAAAGAGGUCCGCCUCUGACAUAGCCACUUCUGGCUUCUCUGGCUCUGGCAAUGUUUUGACAAGAUGUGACAGUGAAAGGGACGAUUCUCUUCUGUCCACACUCCCAAACAGUCUGCCUGGAGAUUGUAGCGUAGAAUGUUGCGCCUCAAACACCACAAGCGACGAUAAUCGGAACUCUGAUCGGAAUAAUGAUAGCUUCUGUUCAGCUUGCAGACCAGAAGGUGGAGUCUCAGCUAGUCUCAGCCGAAGGAACGAUAGACACCCUGGAGAUCGCAGACAAAAAUCCCAUAGUUCUUAUGUGGAUAAACGAAUGUCAGAUGACAGCAAAUCAGAGCAAACGGAUGAGGAACUCGAUUGUGAUCGUGGUAGCGUGCCAGUAAAGGGUCUGGAAAGUGAUGAACGUCCUCGAAUGAAAAUGAAACCUAAAGAACAUCGAAAAAGUAGAAACAUAAAGUCACGAUCCAAAUCGGCACCAGCAAAUAUCAGAUGCAGAUAUGGUACGGUUCGACCAUUCGAUGGUAAAUUCUUCGUAGCCAAAAAACUAAUCAUUAAAAAGAAUGAGAUUAUUGACUGCGGAUCUACUCCUACUACUACGGAUCAAAGUGAGUGCGAGCUCUGUCUCGGUAAUGACCAUCGAUUGGAGAGGAAUGUGGUAGAUCGGCAGGUCUCUGGCGGAAGCGAGGAGCCCGAGAAGAAAGUAUGUUUCAACCAACAACAACAACCGUUGGUGCUGGUACCUUUUCGCCUAGACAACAAAAAUAGUGGAAAAGCACUAGUCAAAUGUCAAGCAAAGGAAUGGCAGAACCUGACCUUGACGAAUGUGACAGAGGCAAUGCCCAAGAAAUUACCUGUAGCCCCGGAGUCCUCAAAUCGGGAUGCCUCUGGUUCAAGUCGAGCCCCGAGAGGCACUCGUCCAGCUGCUAGAGCUGCGCCCAGAAGAGCUUCCCCCUGCCCACCAACACUCGGAUGUCGGGGUCGCUCAGCGCAACAGGAGUGCAGGCCUUACCCAUCGUCAAGAGUAAGAUGUCCACGCCACCCCAAUGGGCAACCACUCUCGCAUCGAAAUGUGAUGAGGAAUGCCGAUGUUCGCAGCAGAUUUACCGGACCCGCAGCUACGCAACCUCCGCCGAGAAAUGCUUCGCCUGCUCGCAGGAACCAUCAGCAGGCAACAUUAAGCACAUUCAUGGUAUAUGGGAUAAGGCCUGAGUGCAGGGGAAGACGACAACUCUCUCCUUCAGAGAGCAGGAGUAAUAAUCUAAGCCCAUCCGCUGUUCCCCAAAAUGGGCUAAACGCAUCCAUUGCGAAUAGCUGCGAAUGCGACUCCACAUCGAACAACCUUCAGCAUGAAGCUGAAGCCAGUCCGAAGACCACAACUCCUCCGGGCUCGGAGCAAACUUUGACGGAGCCAAGCCAAUAUUCCUGCUGCCUGGUCGCCUGCAAACAACAGUGCAAUAAAUGUAGUGCAGAAACUGUGACCCUGAUGCAGCCCAGACCGCUACGGAGCAAUGGGAGCUUGCAGGGCGACGGCUGGGAUGAUCAGGAAGCGUCGGCUAGGGACGAACAUAACCUGACCGAUGAGACCCCGUCCUGCUCUGAUGAGGAUAAUCAGCUCCAAUCAGGCUACGGGCCACCGUCGUGCCACUUUAGGUGCCAGCACUACGCAGCAGUUGCCCCAAUGCGCUGCAAUCAGAGCUCUUCAAUGGGAAGCUUUGUUGGAAAUCAGUCGGAGUUUAUGAUGGGAAUGGAGUUCCAGUCACAGUCACAUCCGUAUACCUGUUCCCAGCAGAGCUGCGACUGCUCUGUGUGUUCGAACGCCACUGGCCUGAUAGACCCGCGGGAUAUUCUACCCACAAUGUCAGCGCACUCCCCGGCCCUAGUGCAGAUUUCCUUUGAGCCAAACCAAAUGCCAGUGGGGGCCUAUCAGCCGCAGAUGCAACAGAGCUAUCAGACACAGAUGCACCAAAGCUAUCAGCCAGAGCAAUCGUUUCAUCAAGUCCAAUGCCAUCCCAAUCAAAUGUACGGUAGUCAAUAUCCUUUCUACCGCCCUGAAGAUUUGAAGGAGAGCGUCAGAAGUAUGCCAGUGGGGUUCUAUGAGCAGACCAUCAACAAGUACAAGAUCGAUCCCUUGGAUUCGAAUUUUAGGCCGCCAUCUCUGGGCUCAUCCUUCUUCCAGCAGUUCCAACACCAAAUGCAAUCCAAUGCUUGUCCCCUGAGGAACCAAUGUCAACAGCAACACCAAUGUACGCCUAUCUACGGACAUUCCAAUCAACAUUGUGUCCAUCAACAGCAGCAGCAGCACCGGUCACAGGUGCAGAUGCAGGCUUCUGUAUGCCACUGUCCCUAUUAUAUGAUCCAAAAUCCAUUCCCGCAACCGCAACCGCAGCAGCAACAGGCACAGCCACAGCCACAGCAACAGCAGCCACCAAAGAAUACCCAGCUUAAAGACUUUGAUCAAACUGAAAUAUAAUACUUACUUAAAAGCAAACAAAUAAAAGACCAAUU